GUUUGGGCGUGGAAGAUCUUCGUUCCUUUUCAUUUGCAGAUUGACGCCGAAGGACGCGCAAGAUGAAGUGCAACGCUCUGGCCAUGGCGCUGACCGCCGCCCUCCUCUCUGCGCAUGGCGCCAACGCCUCGUACGAGGCCAAGUUCUUGAGCUGGAUGAAGAAGUUUGCGGUCAAGCUCAACCCGCUCGAGUGGGUCCACCGCUUCGAGGUCUUCAUCCUCAACGACCAGCGCAUCGAGGCCCACAACAAGGACGCGAGCUCGAGCUUCACGAUGGGCCACAACGAGUACUCGCACUUGACCUUUGACGAGUUUAAGAAGCUGCGCACGGGCCUCCGCGUGUCGCCGUCGUACAUCCAGAGCCGCGCCAAGUACGCGCUCAUGGCGCCGGCCGUCAACAUGACGGACGUGCCCAACGAGAUGGACUGGGUCGAGCAGGGCGGCGUGACGCCCGUGAAGAACCAGGGCAUGUGCGGCUCGUGCUGGGCGUUUUCGACCACGGGCGCGAUUGAAGGCGCGGCCUUUGUCUCGAGCAAGCAGCUCGUGUCGGUCUCGGAGCAGGAGCUGGUCGACUGCGACCACAAUGGCGACAUGGGCUGCAACGGUGGCUUGAUGGACAACGCCUUCAAGUGGGUCAAGACGCACAAAGGUCUCUGCAAGGAAGAAGACUACCCGUACCACGCCAAGGAAGGCACGUGCGCGCUUAAGAAGUGCAAGCCGGUCACCAAGGUCACGGCCUUCCAUGAUGUGCCGGCCAACGACGAGCAGGCGCUCAAGGCCGCGGUCGCCAAGCAGCCUGUUUCGGUCGCCAUUGAAGCCGACCAGCCCGAGUUUCAGUUCUACAAGUCGGGCGUCUUUGACAAGAGCUGCGGCACGAAGCUCGACCAUGGUGUCUUGGUCGUUGGAUACGGCGAAGAGGGCGGCAAGAAGUACUGGAAGGUCAAGAACUCGUGGGGCGCCGACUGGGGCGACAAGGGCUACAUCAAGCUCGCCCGUGAGUUUGGCCCCGAGACGGGCCAGUGCGGCGUUGCGAUGGUGCCGAGCUACCCGACGGCGUCGAUCAUUGGCGCCGACAACCACGAGGACGACGACUCGAGCGACGACGUGGCGGUGCCAGCCGCCUACCACGCGCCCGCUGCGGACGCGUGGCUCCUCGAGAAGAGCUCGGGCGUCACGAUUGUGCAGUGCGGCGACGUGACGUCGCAGCUCGCGACCUUUAGCGACCUCAGCGUCUCGCCCAAGGUGCCCAAGCGCGGCAAGCCGAUCCACUUUGUGGGCAACGGCAAGGUCAAGCAAGCGUUCGACUCUGCGCACAUGACGAUCGCGGUCAAGCUCGGCGGCCAAUUGCUCUACUCGCACUUCGGCAACAUGUGCGGCCACACGCACAUUCCGCUGCCGCUCGGUAUCGGCCACAUUGACGUGGACGGCUUUGCCUGCCCGGUCAAGGAAGGCUCGUUCAAGGACAUUAAGCUCUCGCUCAACUUGCCCGUGAUUGCGCCGGAAGGCAACUACGAGAUCAACCUCACGAGCGAAGACGCGACGUCCAAGGCGUCGGUGUUUUGCGUCCAGGUCAAGAUGGAUCUCUCGGACAAUGCUGCUGCCAACGUCUACCAGCGCUUUAGCGCCUUGGGCUAAGCAUCGCUACAACACGUCAUCUUCUAUUCCAUCCUA